UGCAGGUUUUUGCUUCUCUUCUUUUCUUUUUUCUCUCUGUCUCUCUUUUUUCUUUGUUUUUCCUUUUGCAGAGUUUGGUGGGUACACAAACCUUCUACAGAGUGGGAGGAGAGAGAUAGACCCAUCAAGGAUUUGUCUGUUCUACCAUUCUUUCCAGAGGAAGAAAGAAAGAGAUGGGUUAGAGAGAUAAAUAGACAGACAGAGAGAGAGAGAGAGAGUGUGUGUGAGAGACAGAGAGGGACAGUGAGAAAAGGUAAUAGUGUUGUUUACCUUUCUGGGUUUGUUUGGGUUUUGCGUUUGGUGGGGAUUUUUGUGGUGUUGGGUUAUGGAAUUUGGAGGGUUGAAUGGCAAGGCCUUUUGGGAGAGGCAGCGGUAUCAAGUUUCAGAGUGGUGGCAGCUGCAGAAGAAGCAGAACAACAAGCAACACGAACAACAAGAGAGCUGGGAGAGGAUGCAAAGCAAGUGCAAAACCCAGUAAUAAAAAGUGCAAGAAAUCAAAAGCUGGAAGACGAGAACAAAAAGAGUCUGAGUCUGGAUCCUCAGAGGAAUCAGCAGCUUCACAUUCGGAGACAUCUCCACCAAGCUCUAAAAACAAGGCUGGAAGAAGACGACGACGACGACGUCGAAGAGGAAGAGGAGGAAGACCAAGAUCAGUCAGAAGAAGAGCACCAACGACCACAACCCCCGCCGCCACUACCGCCACAACAGCAAGGGUUUCAUGGCUAUCAUCAUCAUCAACAGCUCUUCGGAAUAUUGGAUGGGGAGGCAAUAGAUACCCAAAUCGACCACCAAUCACAACCUCCCAAGAAGCGAUCUUUCUUCCCUUCCUCUUCUCCUCCUUCUUCUGCUAGGGGCAUCGAAUAUGCCGGAUUCGGAGAGAGAAUGGGAGAGAAUCACCACAAUCAACAAUCAUCCAGAUUGGGUCUGAGGAGUGCCGGAGGAGGGGAGAUCGUAGAAGUCCAAGGAGGCCACAUUGUCCGUUCCACUGGAAGGAAAGACCGCCACAGCAAGGUCUGUACUGCCAAGGGUCCUCGGGACCGCAGGGUUCGAUUGUCUGCUCAUACUGCAAUCCAGUUUUACGAUGUUCAGGACCGCCUGGGCUACGACCGACCCAGCAAAGCUGUCGAUUGGCUCAUCAAGAAGGCCAAAGCUGCCAUCGACGAACUCGCCGAACUCCCGCCCUGGCACCCCACCGCUACUAAUACCAAUACUACUACCACCAAACCGGUUGAACAGACCAACGAAGACGAUGAAAACAGACUUCGUCUCCGUCAUCAGGCCGACAAUCUCGGUCUUGGUUCGAGUAAAAGGCCAAUGGCGAACGAGCAGGCACCUUCUGGAUUUGCCUUUCAGCAGCAGCUUAGCAGCAAUCCCAGUCAGAGCUCAAGCUUCCUUCCACCGUCUAUGGACUCGGAUGCCAUUGCCGAUACCAUCAAGUCCUUCUUCCCCAUGGCUGCUGCGGCCGCGGCUGCUCCAUCGUCGUCUUCCAUCCAUUUCCAGAACUACCCACCCGACCUGCUGUCCCGAACCAGUAAUCAGACCCAAGACCUUCGUCUCUCGCUUCAGUCCUUCCAAGAUCCGAUGCUUCUCCACCAUCAACAGACACAUCAACAUCCUGCUCCUUCUCCUUCACCUGAGCAAGCCCUUUUCUCUGUAUCGGCUCCCCUGGCGUUUGAUGCCACCUCCACCAAUUGGUCGGAGCAGCAGCCACCGCCAGAGAUGGGCCGGUUUCAGAGAAUGAUAGCAUGGAAUGCCGAUAAUGAAACGAGCAGUGGAGGAGGAAGUGGUGUUGGAGGAUUUGUCUUCCACUCGCCAGCGCCGCUGCAAUCGUUGUUCGGCCAAAAUCCAUUAUUUUCUCAGAGGGGACCCCUUCAGUCCAGUAACUCACCUUCAGUUCGUGCUUGGACAGAUCCACAGGUUGCCGCCGCGGAUCACCAUAAUACAGCUGCAAUCCAUUCAUCAUCCAUCUCUGGUAUCGGAUUUGCCUCGGGAGGAUUCUCUGGGUUCCGCAUUCCAGCACGAAUUCAAGGUGAAGAGGAGCAAGACGGCAUUUCCAACAAGCCGUCCUCUGCUUCACGCCAUUGAGUGAACAACACCCAAAACUCUCCCUCCACUAGGACUUAAUAUCUUCUAUAGAGGAGUGAAGAAGAUGCAGAAUGAAUACGAAACAAGGAAGGAGUAGAAUUUGGGUUCACUUAAACCAAUGGCAAUGCCGUGGGAAGAAGAAUUCUGUUGUGCGGAUUCAGGAGCCUCUCUAUGCUUUUGCAAGGUUCGAUUUUGAUCUUGGGUUCCUCAGCGUUGCUUGAACUAGAUAGCUGACAUCGAAAAGUGAGGCAUAUUUCUUGAAUCGGUGAUUGAGCUCAUUUGGGCAACGAAAUGAAGUUGGCAAGGAAUUUAAAGUGGACAGACCGAGUGGUGCUAAGAGGACAAAUUCAGUUGCAGGACGAUGGAAAAGACAGGGAGAAGCAAAUUCAGACACGGAUGAUGAUGAUAAUCGACAACGAAGGGAACGACCAAAUAUGGUCUGCAGCAGAUGGUCCCACACAGUGAUCCAGUGUUCUUUUGAGUUUACCCAACAUUAACUACAGCAAUUAAUUGGCCUCCUCGAGCCAAGGCAAAUGGAAGGGAAUGAGAGCUUCUGUAAAUGGGUGGUUGGUGACCGGACAUUGUCUUGGAUGGCAACCGAUCACAUUGUUAUCGAUGGGUCUGGAAUAGAGUUGAUCAAUGAGCUUCUGCCGAGGAAGGACAAGGUAGAGAAAUUGGUGGAUCUGGGUCUGUUGGGGAGGGGGGGUGCUCACCAUAAUCCAUGUAAAGGAGGUCUCCUUCCAUUGGCAUUUAGCAGAAGUUGCAUGGUACCCUGUUGGAAUUUGACAGUAGUUCUGUUCUGUGUCAGACGAAACAAUCAUGAAAAUCCAUUAAUGUCGCACUAUUGGCACUGGUUCAAAAUCGGGCAAUUCCUUUGAUUCGCCUUUCAGCGGUAGCCAUCCGCCAGCAGCCGACGGUCGGCUAACCUAGUAAAAGCAUACCUGCCGCCUGCCGCUUCGAAAUUCUCCUAUUGGACUAAUGCUUGAGCAAUUUAGUAUUCAAUUGGACUAAGCUAUUGUUCCUUGAA